AUGAAGAUGAAGUUAGGCUUUACUGGUUUUGUGGUUCAAUUGCCUCUCUUGAGUCUUCUCUAUCGAAGACAGAAGAAUGAAAACCGACGUGGCUUGGAGCACUGUUUUAUAUAGAAAAACGGUUCCAAACAAAUGUCCGUUUCCUGGAGCACUGUUUUUUCCGAUGUAAAGUUGCCUGAGAUGAGUGGAUGCUCAUCUUCCAGUCGGCACUCCAUUACUGCCUCCAUGAUUGCACCAACGGUGCUAACUGCCAUGGCUGAAACUAGCUCAGGACUGUCUCACGUGUGGAGAGAGAUUCAGGGUUCAGACAACUGGGAGGAUCUUAUCGAACCCCUGGACCCUCUUCUCCGUGAAGAAAUCGUUCGAUAUGGGGAGUUUGCCACCGGAUGUUAUAAGGCCUUUGAUCUAGAUCCAACCUCCAAACGCUACCUGAAUUGCAAGUAUGGGAAGAAGAACAUACUGCGAGAAGUUGGCCUAGAGAACUCUGGUUAUCAAGUCACUAAGUACAUCUACGCAACUCCAGACAUCUCAGUUCCGAUUCAGAACGCCGGGACGUGUUGUGGCCGGUGGAUCGGAUACGUCGCCGUCUCUUCUGAUGAUGCAGUUAAGACGCUGGGCAGAAGAGAUGUUCUGGUUACCUUCCGGGGGACUGUGACUAACACUGAGUGGAUCGCCAACUUUAUGAGUUCGUUGACUCCGGCCAGGUUAGACCCACAUAACCCCCGGCCCAACGUGAAGGUUGAAUCAGGAUUUCUCGGUCUGUACACUUCAGAGGACGGCAGCUGCAAAUUUGGAGUAGGGAGUUGCCGUGAGCAGCUUCUUUCAGAGAUAUCUCGUAUCAUCAACCACUAUAAGGACGAGGAAAUGAGCAUAACUCUGGUAGGACACAGCAUGGGAAGUGCUUUGGCUCUUCUUCUAGCUUAUGACAUUUCUGAGCUCGGCCUGAACACCGACCAUUCAAACCGACAAAUACCCGUCACCGUUUACUCUUUUGCCGGUCCGAGAGUCGGGAAUUCCGACUUCAAGGAGCGAUGCGAUGAGUUGGGAGUUAAGGUGCUGAGAAUAGUGAAUGUGAAUGAUCCCAUCACAAAGCUGCCUGGGGUAGUCUUCAAUGAGAAUCUAAGAGUUUUGGGAGGGCGGUAUGAGCUUCCCUGGAGCUGUUCCUGCUACGCCCAUGUCGGAGUCGAGCUGUCUCUCGACUUCUUUCAAAUGGAAAAUCCUUCAUGUGUUCAUGACUUGGAGUCCUACAUCAUGCUACUGAAAUGUCCUAAGCAGAUGCAAGUACAGAAGGAUAGAAUUAGAAAUGAGUUGUUGAAUAAAGCUAGGGAAUGGCUCUGGAUGAGCGCACAGAAGCUGGAGUACUCAUGGCCGUGGAUAUUUCCUCUGAGGAACGCCGGUAGCUUUGUUCAGUCUCAGAGAACAUGA